AUGAUCCGGCAGAUUGCGAGGCCCGUUCCAGCCCAGUCCAUUCACAUCCGUGAGUUGUCGUCUGGAGCUACUUUUAAUCUGUCCACCACCGAAUGCGCCAUGCCGGUGAACUCGAGACUCAGCAUUGACUGGAAAGGUCAGGAGCUCGUUAUGGUUGGCAUCAUCCUACCGGGGUCGCAUGUUGAUUCAGACUGGUGGGGUAGCUCCCCGAAGCCAGUCUGGGUGACGGGAGGAGAGCGCAGGUCCAACCCAGCCUACAACAUGGUCGAGGAGCAGAAGAUCGCCGUCCUGGGGUUUUGCGGCCAUGUCCUUGGCAUCGGAGGUACCAUCACACUCUUUGAGAGCUUGUGCCUCAUGUGCUGUUGCCAGCCACCAAAGCCAGUAGAGGCACGGGAGUUGUUGCUGGCGUUGCAUCAAGCGCAACCUGCACAGACGGUGCAGGCUCCAGUUGCCGUGGUGACGCCCUUACAGGCUGAACCAGUAAGCACUUGA